AUGACAGCGCUUCAGUUCAUUGCCUGUUUCCGGAGAUUCGUGGCCAGGAGAGGGGUACCCCGCCUGUUGUAUUCAGACAACGCAUCGCAAUUCAAAGCAGCCAGUGGUGUGCUCGACCAGCUGUGGAGCACAGUCGCCACGGACCCUGGUGUUGCCAACUACUUCACCAGCCAGGGUAUCACCUGGAAAUUCACAACCGCCUUCGCACCUUGGCAGGGAGGAGUGUACGAAAGAAUGGUGGGGCUAGUGAAGCGGAGCCUACGGAAGGCACUGGGGCGUCAGCACCUCCGUCUUGAUCAGCUCGCCACUCUUCUAGCUGAAGCCGAAGCGGCAGUCAACAGCAGACCCCUUACCUCCGUCACCGCCGACUAUGAGGGCAGGGAUGUCGAGAUACUGACUCCUGCUCCCUUCCUCCUUGGAAGUCGUCCAGCUGCUCUGCCACUUUCAACUGCGCUGGAUGACCCCGAGUAUACACCUCCAAGUACCGACCCGGCAUUAUCCCUGCUCACCGAGUGGCGUCACAGGCAGACCCAAAGCGAACUGUUCUGGAGCUUGUGGCGAACAGACUACCUCCAAGUGCUCCAAGAGCGGAUGGCUCACACGUCCAAACGGCAACAUUGCCCCAAACCCCCACCGGAACCUAGUGUGGGCGAAGUUGUCCUCGUUGACGAAGAGACGGCUCCAAGAUGCAUGUGGAAGCUGGCCCGUGUUGUCGCACUAGAGAAGAGCCAGACCGACGGCGCCGUCCGGGCUGCCCGCAUUAUAACCAGCACAGGCAAGGAGGUCAAUCGACCAGUAUGCAAAUUGUACGGCCUUGAGUGUCGCCAAGUCCCAACGGAACUCCCGGAAACUGCAAGUGAGGUGCCAGUUACUGCACCAGCAUCUGACAACCCCCAGCGACCAACUCGUGCGGCAGCUGACAAGGCCCGGCAGAAUAUUGCAAAGUGGACAGCUGUAUCGUUGCUGCACGUACACAUCCCACACGCCUGA